AUGCUGAACUGCUCUCGACCUGACACGCCUUCCUUGCUGGAGGCUCUCCAACCGGUCUUCAACCUCAGCUCCAUUCGGCCUGUCAUGAAUCUAUCAACACCCACCAACGUCAGCAUUGACUUCACCAUUUAUAGCAUUUUGGGAGUGGAUGAAAAGACCCAUGUCCUCAAAACAUAUAUAUGGCAAAUAUUAAAAUGGAGGAAUGAGUUUGUCAAGUGGGACCCAGAACAAUGCGGUUCUUCACAGAUUACAAUUCCAAGGAAACUGCUCUGGGUACCAGAUAUGGUCAUAAAUGAAUUUAUGGAGAAGAACUCAGCUCCAUUUGUCCCAUACAGUUAUCUGUUUUCUGACGGCUUGGUGAUUGAUUAUCAGCCUGUCAAAGUGAUCAGCUCCUGCAAGCUCGACAUCUACAAGUUUCCAUUUGAUAUCCAGAACUGCAGUUUAAGCUUCAACUCCUACUUACACCGCCAAACUGCUCUUCAGAUAGACCUCUCAUCAACUGUAGCGGAUAUAUUAAAAUACUCUAAAGAAGUGAUGACAACUAUGGGUGAGUGGGAACUAGUUGGACUCACAGUGAAUACAUACCUACCACCAGCCGGAAAUGAAGACGUGUACGAAGAGAUGCGCUUCUUUGUGUCAGUAAAGCGCCGGGCCACCCUCUAUGUGGUGAACCUGCUGAUCCCCAGCUGCUUCCUCGUCAUGGUGGACCUCUUCAGCUUCCUGCUGCCUCCCCAGAAUGUGGACCGGUCCUUGUUCAAGAUGACACUGAUCCUGGGCUACACCGUCUUCCUGCUCAUCAUGAACGACCUGCUGCCUGCCAGUGGGAACACCGUACCUCUCAUAAGUGUGUUCCUGUGUCUGUGCCUGGCUCUGAUGGUGGCUAGUCUACUGGAGACCAUCCUCAUCACAAACCUGCUGUAUGGCUCCGCUCACUAUCCUCCAGUCCCUUGUUGGUUCAGAGUGUUUGUUCUUCACAUCCUGGGCCGCCUGGUAUGGCUUCCUCCUAAGCCCAGAGAUCAACAGAACACAGUCAUCCGAAAUCCUGCCGCACAAGAAAUGAAGGUCUCUUCUCUGGCGGCAGGGGACAGCGAGGUUUCACAACAGAAAGGACCGCUGGAUAAGGAGAAGGCCUGGAAGGAGCUGAGGCACCUAGAAAGCGACCUCCAGGCCAUCCGCCUUCAGGUGAAGCAUCGGCUCGGAGAAGGCCAGGGCUCAGAGGAGUGGAUCCAGGUGGGUUCUAUCAUAGACCGCCUGCUGUUAAGCCUCUACAUUAUCUUCAUAUCAGUCAGCUUCAUUACCAUCACCACUAUAUGGAUGCAGUCAUACAACACAUCCUGA